AUGCCUUCCUCUACCAAGCGCAGCUCUAAGGAGAGAAAGGGUGUUCGUGCCCCACUCGAGCCAAUUGAUGGAAAUAGCACUGUCGUCGCCCCUCAGACAGCUGAGGAGACCGACGCCGCUCCCUCGACCCCCGCCCGACCUCGUCGGCAGGCCGCUGCCGCUGCUUCAACUAAAUGGGUUCUCAUUGAUCCCCCGGGUGCUCCGACAACACCCUUAGCCCCCAAACUCGACGGCAAGAAGGAUGUAGCUGCGAACCUCUGCGAACACGAUGAUGGUGGUAACAAUGCCGAUACCGAGUCAUUGCUUCUUGAAAGCUUGUACACUGGGGCGCCCGAGGAAGAAGAGGACGAAUAUCUUGGUCUGUCGGACGAUGAAGAAGGGGAUGUACAUCUCAGUCUAUCAGACGAGGAGGAGAAGGAUGACGACGAAGACCUAUCUGCUGGCCAUGUUGAGCCCGAUGUCGCCGGCAAUAAGCGAAAACAUCAGAGCGAUAAUACAUCACCACGAAAGAAGGCUCGGUUCACACCCAACCUUCCUAUGGAUGAAUUCAUUGUUGCGUUAAAUAAGAAGUUUUCAAUUAAAGACGGCGAUUUGGAAGUCCAGAAUUUCCGUGCGAACUUGUCAUAG